AUGACCACUACGAACACGGGUCUUCCGGCGAACAUUCCAGUACUCAACGGGAAGAACUGGAAUCGGUGGAACGUUCAGAUGAAAGCCAUCAUGGGUUUUCAAGAAGUCUUGGAGAUCGUUGAGAAUGAGUUCUCCGAUCUUUCUGAAGUGAAUCUUAAACUGGACAAGUGUGAGACUGAAUCUCUUGUAGAUGCUACUGAGUAUAGACAAAUGGUGGGGAGUCUCAGGUUUAUUUGUCAUACUAGGCCUGAGAUUUCAUUCAGUGUGGGCAUGGUGAGUAGGUUCAUGAGUGAACCAAGACAUUCACAUCAAAUUGCUGCUAAAAGGAUUCUGAGGUACCUGAAAGCUACAUUGUCCUAUGGCAUCAUGUUUCCAGUUCAAGAUGAGAAGGAAGGGCUACACCUUGUAGCCUAUUCAGACUCUGAUUGGUGUGGAGACUUGGUGGAUCGCAAGAGUACCAUGAGAUACAUCUUAACUUUUGCAGGUGCCCCUAUUUCCUGGUGUUCAAAGAAGCAGUCAGUGGUGGCCCUAUCAACCUGUGAGGCUGAGUACAUCUCUGCAUGUUCUGUUGCUUGUCAAGCUCUAUGA